AAUCGUGCCCUGAGAGGCGGAGCGAAAAUACUAUCAUGCUGGCGUAGUACCUGGACCUGUCAGUCGCGUGUGGACCCUCUCUCGCCCAGCUGUGCCUCGUCCGCCCGCUCGCCCAAGCCCUCGCCGACGGGGUGACUCCUCUUCUCUGAUUGAUUUGGGAAUGCUGUCAUUGGCUGCUGGUUUAUGACGGAAUACUUCGUAACAAUGUGCAGCUUUGACUCGACGAAGUCGACCAAAGGGGCAUCCAAAUUGCGACGUGACCUGAUUAAUUCAGAGAUCGCCAAUUUGAGGGACCUGCUGCCCCUGCCGCCGUCGACGCGUCAGCGGCUCUCGCAGCUCCAACUCAUGGCCCUCGUCUGCGUCUACGUCCGCAAAGCCAACUACUUCACACAAGUGUUCAAGAGACAAGACUUGGGACAUUUCCACACGCCAAACAUCGGAUUCUCCAAGGCUCUCAGCGGCUUCCUGAUGAUGAUGACACAAAACGGGAAACUCCUUUACAUAUCAGACAACGCAGCAGAAUAUCUCGGACACUCCAUGGAGGACCUGUUGAUCCACGGCGAUUCGGUGUUCGACAUCAUCGACAAGCAGGACCACGCUGCCAUCCAGGCCGAGCUGUCCAGAGCCACCAACAGCCUCGAAGACGAGGAACGCCUCUUCCUUUGUCGCAUGAACGUUUCUAGGAAUGCCCGCAGACAAAUGCGAUUCGGUGACCAGAAGGUUGUUUUGGUCCAGGGUCAUUUUCUGCACCUACCACCCAGCCUUUGUCCGAGACAGCAACCUGUCUUCCUUGCCCGAUGCACCCCGAUCGCCAUGCCUGAGACCAGGGAGUGUGUUGUCCAGGGCUCCACGUCCGUCUUCACCACUGUGCACGCCAUGGACAUGCGAUUUCUUCAUCUAGAUACCAAUGGCGAAUUCCACUUAGGCUUCCAAAGAAGAGAACUGCUCGGCGUGUCGUGGUACCAGCUUUUGCACUGGGAGUCCUUGCGAGACGCGCAAGCCAAGCACCGACUUAUCACACAGUCGGAGCAGGAAAAGUCGUGCAUUCUGCUGGUGCGGCUGCAGCGGAAAAAGGGCGACUGGGUUUGGCUGCACUGCGUGCUGCAGGUGAAGGACAGCCUGGACCACACACAGCAGGGGAACACACAGACGCACAACAGCCCCGUCAUCGUGUGCACCAACCAGGUUCUCAGUGACCGGGAGGCAACAGUAAUGCGCGCCAAUCCGUGGUUGUACCAGUACUACACGGUCCACUCAAAAUUGCAAUUUGGUCUCACCGCCUAUGAGGCGCCGCAGCCGGGCUCGCGGUUGCCCAGCACACCGCUUUCCGGCAACCCCAACAUGGGCCCCCAGCAGCCCUACUACGCCAACACCGGAUCAGGUCCAGCAACCCCGAUAUCAGGUAUCACGCCGUCGCACCAUCUAGGCCAGGGCCUGAACUCGUACGAGGGCGGCGUUGGCGGGGGCGGCGGAGGCGGCUACCUGCACCAAAACACGCCGGAAUCGCCGUCAAGCCAGAACCACGAGCGGAGCAGCUACCUGAACAUCAACAACAUCUUCAAUUUGUCCCUGUCCAAGUCGUUCGCCAGCAAGGCCAGUCUGCAGUCGUACGAGGAGGUGUCCAGUGGGGGUGGGGGGCUCAUGGACAGCAGUCCGGACAACGAGGCGGCGCUGCGGGCGCAUUCGUACGGCUGCUACAGCGAGAACGGCGUGACGCUGACGGUGCUGCGGCCGACGCCGGGCAUCACGCGGGCCCGCAAGCUGCUCGCCACCUCAUAUCACGAGCUUAGCCCACCCUACUCUAGCAACGAGAGCUCGCCCGUGCAGAAGGUGCCCGACGUCGACGUCUUCAACUUCGACAAGGGCUGCGAGCAGUCCGUCCCUGGCAGCCCCGGCCUUUAUCGCGUCUCGCCCCCCGUCGCCAGGCACCACAACAACAACCACCUCAUCAAGCCGCCCCUUACCCCCGACGAGACCACCACUUCAGAAUCUGAGGCUGACGAGAAAAAGGACAUUCUUCGUUUUUAACUCCACAGAUCUUCAGGCAAGCCCACCGCGCAUUUUUGUUUUAUUUUUUCUUCAGUAAGUUCGACAAUAAAAUGGCGAUAUAGUUUUGAGAUUGUCGGUUUAGUGAGUAACACCAAGUAUGACACAUUGUCAGUUCAUGUACAGAGAAUCUCAGAAAAAUUAGUGUUAACUAUUUUAAAUUAGUUUAAACAAAGCUUGAUAUUUAUACAAAAUGUAUACAUUUUGCCUCAGUCGGCAGUCUCUUAUUUAAUAAUUGUUACACCUUUUUAGCCGAGUUAAAUGUAAUUUAGAUUUAAUUUGUUGUUUAGAAAGCAGCGCGUAGUUUGUGAUAACGUGUUUCAUAUAAUCAUUAUAAUUCUGUGAAUAUGUUUUUGAAGACACAAUAAAAACCCAAAGGUA